UACAUAACUGAUUUUUAUUAUAUCUGUUUGUAUCAAAUUUAGUUUGUGAAUUGUCGUGCUAAUUUUUGAACCCUGUGUUUUAAAUGGUAUUGGCAGAGCUUGCCAUAGUUGUAGACUAAUUAUAAGAUAUUCUAAAACAUUUUCAUUUUCUGCAUGUACAUUCAUUAUGAUAUAAUGAGCCCUGAGAUUUGCAGAGACUCGGAAGAGAAAAUUGAUGCUUUGGUUGUAGGGAUAGGAACUAGAGGAUCAAUAACAGGGGCUGGAAAAUUCCUCAAGCAGAAAAACCCAGACAUCAAGAGGUAUGGUGUUAUCGCUAUGUUGUUCUUCCUGUUUGAAUCUAUGCACGACUUGGAUCAAAAUUUUAGAGGGAACAUAUAUGUAGCUAAAUGGCACAAAGGUUGCAUUGAAGAUACUUGACAAGGACAAUUAUACGGAUCCUGUCUAACUGCAUAUGUCACUACUUUUCACUUUGAUUUUUGGUCUCGAAGAUGGCUCGAACUGCAGUUUUUUUUUCUGUACUUUCUUAUUUAAUCUUGGCUCUAAUUUUUCACAAUAUCAAUAGCAGAAAUGCUUUCAAACAUGAGCUCACAUUAUUAGAAAGGGUACGACAUCCCAAUAUUGUCUAAUUUGUUGGAGUUGUAACCCAAAAUGUACCUAUGAUGAUUGUGCCUGAAUACCAGGCUAAGAUAA